AUGAGAGAUUCGACCCAUUUUUUUAUUCCUAGAAAUCGACCAGUAGUAAUUUCAAAUGCAUCUGUUUACAAUAGGAAAUCUUUAGAUACAAAUUCCAAAAUCCCAUUAGUUAAUUCCCUGAAUCACCUAACAUAUUUGAUUUCAAAUUCUCCAAAAGUCCGUGAAACUGUAGCUAAUGAUGGAGCUUUGAAAAGAUUGAUUUCUAUUUUGAGAAACUGUCAUUUUUCUGUACAUGAAACAAUGGAUGAAAGAAAUGACAGAAUUAAUAGACACACUAUGGCCCGUGAAACAUGGCAAAGAAGACAACACGUGUUACUGGCAUGGGAAUGGACUUUAGCUUUCCAAUGUCUUGUCUUAACGGGGACAAGAGGUUCUGAAGAAACUAGGCAGAAAGUUGUUGAAGCUGGAAUUUUACCUUUAUUAGCUACCGUAUUGGAUAAUUAUCUAAUAUAUCACAUGCAUUAUGAUUUCGUUAAAAAAGAGUAUUUAUCAGUUCAUUUUGUUACUCUUGAGACUGAGUUAAUAUAUGACCGAAUAAAAAGAAUAAAAUUCGGCACUUAUAAUAAAACUUAUGAAGAAUAUGUCCAAUACUUGUUUGGCAAUGAUAUUUUUAAUGGGAUAGAGCAUGAACAGAACCUUUUUGAUGAAGACUUUUUAUCCAGUACGAUGACACAACCUUCUGAUUUUGGUGAAGUAUGGCAGGACCCAACAGUUGAUGACCAAACCUGGAAUGAAGAAAACACUUUCCUUGACCUUCCAACUUCUUAUGAACCUGUCUCUAUAAAAUUUCCCAGACGGUUCUAUUUGGGGAAAAUAGUGCCUACCCAUGACGAUCUUGUGUGGUCACUACAACUUCUGGCCUUCAUCUCAAAAUAUCCCUAUAUGAAGUCAAAACUACAAAAAUGUGAACUUAUACCAUCUUUAUCGUUCAGACCUAUACUAGAAAGAGGCCAAUAUCUAUUGAACGGAAUGGAUGCAGAAGAUGUAGACGUUCCAGUCUUUCAUAAAAAUUGUACCAGCAAGACAGGUGAACCAUUCCUACAUGUAGCUAAAAGUUCUACGAUGAAAGAUUCAUUUACUAUAGAAUUGGAGGCAAUUGCUUCCAAAUGUAAUGACUUAAGAUUGAAGAAAAUGGAAUUACGAGACCCAUAUGAACGCCUGAAUGUGACACUGCCAAAAGUAAAAGAUAACAAAAGACGAACUAAAGCGCAACGGUUGACUGAACAUUUUAAUUCCAACUCGUCUUAUAACGCUAUGUCGGAAGAGUUGACCGACAACACCUGGCAACAUAUUAUUUCAAAAAAUUAUUUGAAUAUAUUCCAAUUAGUGGAGCGAUUUACCUCUAGCAAUGGCCAAAAAACAAACCCUCGCGAAUUUGUCUAUUGGAGUUCAGUAAUUAUGAGGAAUUCAUGUAGGAAAAAUGAGACAGGUGUACGGCAAUGUGCUAAUGUCUCCUGUGGUAAGUGGGAAGAGUAUCCUAAGCAAUUUUCAAAAUGCCAUCGUUGUAGGAGAACAAAAUAUUGUUCCAAACAAUGUCAGGUCAAUUCCUGGGAGUAUCAUAGGUAUUGGUGUCACCCAGCUAAUUCGACCUCUUCACACUCAAGUUCUACUACGUCAAUUACAGAGAAUCAAUCACAAAUAUCCACAGGAAAUGCAAUUAACACUAAUGUAUCAACCUUGGAAGGUCCAACUGCUUCCGACAAUUCAGUAAUGUGGGAGAGUGGUGAUGGGCCUCUAAUAACUGCGACUAAUGAAGAUACUAUGGUGGAAUUAAAUGAUAGUGGAUUAAGGGAAGAAGGAGAUGGCGUUUCGGCGGACGAUUAUUAA